AUGCAAAUCUCUGCCUCCCUCUCUUUCCUCGCCAUCCUUGGCAUGGUCAGCGCCGCAGCGGAGUGCCCUCGCGGCGGUGGCGGUGACGGACCCUACUUGCACAACAAAUAUCGCGUGGCGCCGACAAGAGUUGGGCAGACGAACACCUACGACUGGGCCGGAACAACCAUCUCCGUCAAGAUGCAGAAGAGCAGGGACUCCUGCGAUCCGGAAGGCGACUGCGACGACGACAUCACUUACAACUUCAAGAACAGAGGCACCAAGUCGAUCCGCGUUCGUAUCGAAGAGAGCUACAAUGAUUUCAUGGGCCUCGUUCUCGCUCCUGGAGCGGACUGCGAUUUGAAUCGCUACUUCACUCGCGGUGCCGGACCUUACCAGAUUUCUUUCGCAAAUUAG